AUGGAUGACCGCCGUGCCUCAGCGAACUCGAAUGCCCCGAGCAUGAACAAUAUUCGGAACGCCCUUAUUCCGCGCACCCCUAAGGAAAAGAUCUCCCCCAAUCUCAAAAAGGCACUCGACGUCCUCAAUCUCAAGGACCUCGAUGCCCUUGAGCAUCACUUCCUCGGCAUGAUCCCCUUUCUCAAGCCAUGGUCGCAGUAUCGCGACAGCUUUCUGCUAAUUCAACCAGGCAGUGCCCCACGCUCCUCCGAGACGAACAAAGUACGCGGCAUGGACAUCUUAUGGUUCUACACAAAUUUCAGCGACGGCGAGCUACGAUACGACCCGCGUGCUGACGAUGCGUCCUCGUUGUUUACCACCGACGAGACACAAUAUGGCAACUUUGAUACUACACACUGGAGUGUCGAGGAGCAUGAGAAGAUGCUGUAUGCGUGGCUGUUGCAGGAGUUUAGAGUGGGCAAGGCGCGCAACCCGUUCGGCUUCGCGUACUUCGAGCUACAGAAUGUAUGCACGGCGUGGAGAACAGUAUUCGUGCCAAUCGUGAAGGCGGUGCGUGACUCAUACGAUCCGAAGGGAAGGAGACAUUAUGGACGGUUGGCAAACUUCAUCGAGUUGCGAUCUCCAAGUCGGGUCGCGUUUCCCGAAAGCAAUGUGUCAGUGCCGCAGAGCGCGAACCCACAUCGCAUGGUGUCAGUUACGCGAGAGCGAGGCAUUGCUGUUUCAGCACAGCGCUUGAUCGGAGUUGCGUCUGCAGAUACACCUAGCAAGACAUGUCCAGCCACCAAGAAGAGCAAGAUUUUCUUUGAUCAAGAGCUCAGAGACAUUUACCCCAAGUACGGACAAGUUGUCGAGAAACCAAAAACGAACUUGAGCGAGUUCCUGGCAAACCAGAAAGCCAGGAUCAAGCGGAAAAAUCGUGACAUCCAGGAGAGUACAGGCGCUUUGUUUGGACGUAGUCGAAACGGCAGAGAGAGCCCGAUGUUUGGAUGUAAGGGUAUCGACGACGCACGGGUAAUUGAUCCUGCUGUAGACGCGAAACGUCGCUCGCUCAUACUGAGCGAUCGACCAUCUCUGGAAGUGCUGCCCUCGCCAAAGUCAUCCAUUAAGCCCAGCCAGAAGAACAAAGGUGUGGUGCCUGUUGGUAUGUAUAGAUUCAUGCCCAGCCCGACCGAAGACAAGAGCCCUCUCCAUGGAAUCACUCGUCCUAUCGAACUACCCGAUGACGAGACUGGAGCGGAGGCCGAUGGAGAGACUACACAGGAUAUUAUCAGCUAUCUAGAGGCAGAGGGUCGAAUUCCUGGAGAAUCGGAUCAUCCAUGCGGCUUGCCUCAGCCAGCCUAUGCUCGACCAGAUCCUGAGAGGAAGCCUUCGGACGGCGUUUACAGCUCAAUUCGCAACUCUAACCCGUUUUUGGAGGAUACGGCGAGAUUUUGGAAGACUCCUGGGCACAGAGCCUCUAUCGAAGUUCUCUUUCCUAUGAGCGGAUACCCAAGUGCAAUUCCUAAGCCUUUAUUUAACAUUCCCAAGAGGCAAGACGCUCACACACAGCGAGACCAUGACUUCAUCCCAGAGAGCCCUUCCCCAGUGAAAGCGAGCCAUGAUUCAAAGGCGUCCCGGAUGCCGAGUUACGCAGGCACAGGAUACGAUCGCGAGAUCAAACCGCCAUUCGUCGAGAACAAGUUGAAUUCCACAUUGGAACACAACGCGUACGAACCAUCCUCCCGCGAGACUUCGUUUGCAUUAUCGGGGAUCUUGGAAAUGGUGCACCCUCUCGAGCGUCAAGACCGGAUUGCAGGCGCACACCAGUAUCAUACGGUUGCCGAGAACCCAGAGACGAUCCGCAUGCUCGAGGGUAGGGACAGUGACGAUCCACAACAUGUCCAUUGGCCCGGCAUGACACCAGGAAUUACACCAGAGCCUGUCCCUUGGCCAGGCCACACUCCCACCGUUACCUCCCCAGCGCCGACGGAAGGGCCUCAUGCUUCACGCUUCCAGGGUCUAGACUCUCCGCCACCGGUGCCGCCCAAGCAUCCCGCGCGUACCGCAAGCGUACGCAGCAGUGCUGGUUCCGAUCUUCCCACUCCUCCGUCCUUCCCUACACUAAUCGGACCGCACAUUAUUUCCAAGGAGAACAUUCGCGGUCAUCUCAGUAAUAUCUCGCGGGACCUCUCGGAUGAGACUUUGAGGCAAGUGAAGCAGCGUGAUGUGACACCUCGCGGGACCCCAAGGUUGACACCGUUCAACAAGAACAUGUUUCCGCGUAGGGACGCCGGUGGGCACCUGGAUGGGAAGUCCGGCGAGCCAGAGAGCGAGAGAGGAGAAGUUUGAGAUGAAAACUUUGGAGGAGCAGCCGGAGGAAUAGGUUGCACCGUCCCCAGCUUCAUAAUGUGUAGCUCGGAUGUUGCAUCCCUUUUCUUUCUUAUGAGAAGAACGAAUGUUCG